ACCAUUAGAAACCUUGUCACUGACUUGGUCUUGGGAAAAAAGCCAAAAUUCCAUAACAUAUGGCUGAAGUUACAGUUAUACCUUCUCCAACUCUCUCGGAUGACGAUUUGGACUUCCCUCCCAUUCUGGAUGAGAUCCUCUUACCCUCUCGUAGGUCAGAGUCACCGUUGAGAAAGCGGGCUCGACAUCGUAGUUCAAGCUCAAUAACUAAUCGCCCAGAGUCAUCGUCUACACCAAUAACACAACAUACACUCUUGAAGAGAGAUCCCAAGUAUUACUUUUCUGAUGGAAGCUGCAUUAUUCGUAUUGAAAACACACUCUUCAAUGUACACCGCACAAUUUUGUCCGUAGAUACCUCUUCGUUUGGUUCUAUGUUUAGCCUACCGCAAGGAGAUAAGCAAGAAGAAGGCACUUCCGACGACAAUCCUAUCGUCCUUCAGGGUGAUACAGCAGAAGAAUUCAGGAAUUUUCUAUGGUCUCUUUAUGCCUUGCCACACGAGCUGAUGUCUACACGUUCCCCUCAAGCUAACCUCACACAACUUAUUGAUAUCGCUCGAGUCGCAAAUAAAUAUUCAUUCAAGUCGACAGAAACAUGGGCGCUCGACGCAAUCCAUGAUUUUGUCAAUCGAAAACCUUCACCUAUCCUCACGUCCAUCCCUGCAUCCCAUAUGCAUUCUGCAAACACAUCUAUAUCAGCCUGCGAGGGCACUGAGCAGUUAACGCGGCUGGUCCGUCUUGCUCAAAUGUGUAACCAUGCCAAGUUACUAGAGACUAUGGUCUCUUUACUCCAACAACUCAUGUCGUCGUCUCUUCAAUACGCAUAUCUUGCAAUGACAAUUGCUGACGAGCUCAAUCUCAGGAGCCUUCGCGGCGCAGCCUAUCUAGAAGUGAUGGAGAAAGCCAAGUUCACCUGCAAUUCCAAUGCUGACAACGAGACGCAGCAGACCUCGAUUAGCGGUGACCAGGAUCGCCUCGUUGUUACUCCAACACAACAACUUCGCUUACUCUCUGGCCAUUACCGUCUUUCUACGGCUUGGGAACGGUUGCGCGUUGUGCCCCCACACUUUGAACACGCCCCUUCUUGUGGGGCUACUUGGCACCAGAAUGGUUGUACACAGAGUUGGACGGAGUUCUGGAAGGAGAAGACCCGAAUUGAGAGUGUACAUUCGCUCGCGAUCGCAGACGUGCUGGGGCGACUGAAGGCCAUGGCGAAGGAGUUUGAUAGAUGGGGUUCGGCCACUUAUAUGCAUCACGACUGCCGAAUGUCAGCCAGGCGUUCGAUUCAUGAUAAGAUCAAACAGAUCCAAGAAGCGCUGCCUGACUAUUUCUCUGAAUCUGGCGAUUAUUAA